AUGGCUAAACUACUCAGCUUCCUUUCCUUCCUCCUCUAUUCCCAACUCUUCAUUAUGACCUCCUCUGCUUCUUCUCCACCAGCUCUGUGUCCUCAAGACCAGAGCAAUGCUUUACUCCAACUCAAGACCAACUUUUCCCUUGAUCGCCAAACUUCCAUAUUUUGUUCUGAUGCUGGAAUCAAAACCUAUCCAAAGACAAAGUCUUGGAAGAAAGGAACAGAUUGCUGCAAAUGGGAUGGUAUUCAAUGUGAGAGUAAAACUGGAAAUGUGAUUGGGCUUGACUUGAGUUGCAGUUGGCUUAGAGGUUCGAUAUAUUCCAACAGUAAUCUUUUCCAUCUCAAACAUCUUCAGAAACUCAAUCUUGCUCACAAUGAUCUUCAAAGAUCCAAGAUUUUGCCAGAGUAUGUUUCACUGUUGAGCUUGACACAUCUUAACUUCACUUUCUCUAGUCUUGAUGGCCAGGUCCCAUUACAGCUCUCUCGCUUGUCUCGUUUGGUUUCGCUUGAUCUCAGUUUCAGUGGUGUAAGUCUAGAAAGCUCUGUGUUGAAAAAAAUCAUUCAAAACCUGACCCAGUUGAGAGAUUUAGCUCUAGACCAUAUUUACUUGGCCACCAUUGAACCAAAUAUCUUUGCCAAUCUUCCUUCCUCAUUGACCACUCUAAGUCUUAAUCAAUGCGAUUUGAAGGGUGAAUUCCCAGAGAGAAUUGUUAGCUUUCCAAACCUCAAAAAACUUGUACUUUCAGAAAAUGGGGACCUCACAGGUGACUUUUCAAAAUCCAGUUGGAGCAAUUCUCUUCAAUAUUUGGACAUAGAGUUCACAAACAUUGCAGGGAAAUUGCCUAAUGCAAUAGGCAAUCUGAAGUCACUGCAGUUUUUGGGUAUUUCAGGCUGCAAAUUCAGUGGGUCAAUUCCAGCAUCCAUAGGUAACCUUAAAGACAUGUGGUAUUUGAGCCUUUUCCGUAAUGAUUUCAGCGGUCCAAUCCCACAUUCACUGUCAAACCUUGGCCAGCUUAAAAUCUUAGCUCUCUCUGAAAAUCGUCUGGUUGGGAAAAUUCCAAACAUGUUCGGCAAACUGACAAAGCUUAUUGGUUUAACACUGGGUGCGAAUCGUUUCACAGGGACAAUCCCAUCUUCCAUUUGCGAAAUCAGAAAGCUUCAGAUCCUUGAUUUGUCUAAUAACACCUUGAGUGGUACAAUUCCACCAUGCUUGGGAAAGUUGACAUCACUUGAAUCCUUUGAUGUCUCAAAUAACCAUCUUGUAGGACCUAUACCAUCUGGUAAACUAAGAAAAUUCCACAAUGAAUCAUAUGAAGGGAACCCAGGAUUAUGUGGAUUUCCACUGUCUAAAAAAUGCAACAGGGAAUGA